AUGCAAUGUUUGAUGUGCAGACAAAGCGGGUGCAUGAAUAUAAGCGGCAGUUGCUUAAUAUAUUUGGCAUUAUCCAUAGAUAUGAAUGCUUUAAGCAUAUGGACAAGAAUGAUAGGAAAAAAGUUGUACCACGGGUCUGCAUACUUGGAGGAAAAGCUGCUCCAGGUUAUGAAAUGGCAAAGAAGAUUAUUAAACUCUGUCAUCUUGUAGCUGAAAAGAUCAACAAUGAUAAAGAUAUUGGAGAUCUUUUAAAGUUGGCCCAAGUUACAAAGAGUUAUCCAAAGGCCCAGUCCCAAAAUCCAGCAACUCAACAGACCCAUAUCAGCAACAGUACCAAACCUCUCUGAGUCACCAAGGCAAAUCACCUCCGACCAAGUUAAAAUGUCAUCAUCAAUUAUGUCGGCCAACCAAACAACAAAACAAAUUGUAUCAAAGUCAAAAACAAAUACAUAAAUCAUACCUAAACCUAUCAUGAUCUUACUAAAUGCAAAUAAAAUACAGAUGCAUCCAAGGAGAUUCGGUGAAGAUUUCAACAAUAAAAUCGAAGAAAAAUAGAGAGCAAAAGGAGAGAAGAGAUUUGGAGAAAGAAAU